AGAGCUUCAAGAGCAGGUUGAUCAUGGCAUCGCACACCUUAUUCUGCUGUUCCCUCCUGCUUCUCUUUCUGUACACUGCUUCUACAUUUCCGACCAUUGAUACAAUCAGGGAUCUGAGAGGUAUAUGGUACGGCAACAUCUUCCCACGACAUGGUCUCCAUCUGCUUUACUGGUUUGUUGACCAAUCAGAGAUCGACAUCAACCAUGACAUCAUCCAAACCCAUUUCGAUCCAGCCAGAGGUGACUAUGGCUUUGGUUACUUCAAUAAUAACGACAGUUUCCUCCCAGCUCUGACCGAUCCAAAGAGCCAAGCUUACUAUGCAGUGGGGGAUAUCAGUAAGGCUAAAUCUUGGGCCUUGCCUGAGUAUAUCACUCAAAACUACUACAACUCACUGAAGUCGGGGAACAGAAACAGGGAUCGGAUGAUUGUCAAGGUUGCCCGGGCCAAUGGGUCAAAUCAGUUCAGGUUGGACGAGGUCUUUGUCACUCAAAUGUAUCCUCUCAAUGACAACCAAGUGAAUUCCUUUGAUCCAAAUCACACGAAUAGUAUUGGCUUCGACCUCUUACGAGAAAUCCAGACGUUACAGACGGUCAGAGGAAGGAACAACACAUUGGCCGGUCUGGAGGCAUUUCUGACACAAUCAGGAUAUCAAACGUGCCCGACACCCGAAUUUCAAGUCUGUUCCGCAAAGUCGGUCCGAUUCCAAAGGCUUCAGAUGGUGGAAAUGAAGACAGAGGAUGAUUGUCACCCGCUGAGGCUUGACGUCAAACCAGCCGAGAACGGCUACCUGAAAAUGAGUUGGAGUAACCUACCAAAGUCCAUCAUGGACCGUUACAUGGUGGUGGGGCUUUUCAAGGGCGAUGGUAGUCCGACCAAACUAGCUGAGUCCUCCGUCGGCAACGACACAUCUGGAACCUCAGACGUUUCCGUGGCACUGAACCCCGGUCUUCAGGUCAGGCUACUUAAAGGGAAAUCUCUCUGGGACAUGAACGACAGGGAAGUCUGGAGAGGUGCCGAAUUUGACGAUGCAGACGGUUUGAUUCCCAUUGUCGUGAAAGGCUACGAUGCCAGUCUGCAACUCUACACUAAAAAUGGCUACGCCUGCUCUCGCCUGUUCGUGAAGAAGUCCUUCGCUGACUGGAAGGAGGUGUUUAAUUACUCGUGGGUAGGGUUCUACUCGGCAAACAGCGUCAACAACAACGAGUACCAAACCUUCCAGUGGGCAGGGUCUUUCACUAAAGAGAUUUCCUCAGAGGAGAUACCUGAAUAUGAUGUCUAUGUUUAUGAGUCCAGUAUGGCCAUUUCUCCAGGUGCCCAAGCCCGAUUCAUGCUGUCAAAAUACAAUGAAGUUGCACGUACUGUGGCCUGGGAAAGUCAACCCUAAAAACCGAAACCAUCUAUGAAAUGUAGAUCAUCUUUUACUUCAUGUCAUGAUGAUGCUGGGGUCUUUGAGGCAUAUCUUAUAUCAUAAUGUAUUUAACCUUUGAAUCAUUGUUGUUUCUGUAACUUUAUCAGACACAUGACUGAAUUAACUUUUUCAAGGAACCACGUAUUUUAACCUAUAGGAUUUCGACCACAAAAUCACGUAUUUUACUACAUUUCUUUAGCACCCUUGUACCAUGAAUAAUUCUGUUAACUCUGACUUUAUUCACCAAAUAUAACGUAAUUGUAAUCAACUGCACUAAGUAAGCUAUGCAACCCCUCACUUUCGGGUUAAUUGAAAAUGAAAUCCUCUUCAUAAUAUCUAUUUAAAACAAGCCGAAGAAAGCUGGUCGCAAUUAGAAAGCUGGUCGCAAUUAGAAAGCUGGUCGCAAUUAGAAAGCUGGUCGCAAUUAGAAAGCUGGUCGCAAUUAGAAAGCUGGUCGCAAUUAGAAAGCUGGUCGCAAUUAGAAAGCUGGUCGCAAUUAGAAAGCUGGUCGCAAUUAGAAAGCUGGUCGCAAUUAGAAAGCUGGUCGCAAUUACAGUUUCAUCCACCAGAAAAGACAGAACAAAUAUUACAACAAAUAUUAUGUUUAAACUCAAAAUUACUGAUCAAUUUAAAAAAAAACAUUAUUGGUAAAACAUUUUUUUACUAUAUAAUCUUUCUAAAUGAUAUUAUAACCAGGAUUGGUGGAGUUCUGUCACACACGCAGUUUACAAAACAAUAUAUGGAAAUGUCUUCGCUAUCCAAAAUGACAUCCAACUGAUUGCAGCAUUACUGCAAAAAUAGAGGAGGCAAGUAGAAGCUGUAGGAGGCAUGGACCUUGUCUGUCGACCCUUCAUUAAAAACCCAAAUUGUUUCAAAAAAAAUGUGAUCGCAAAAUUUUUUUUUGCCAGUUCUAUUUAAGGACCAACAAAUUGACUACUGCGCCAUACAGGUUGCAAAAUAGUUGGGAAGAGAUUUUUGACGUGCCGAUUCCAUGGCACAUGUUUUAAGCACUGAUACACAAAACAACUCUUGAUUUAAAACAGUUUUUUAAUUUAAAUUAUAAUACAAAGUUCUUUCUACCAAUAGCAUGUUAUGUAUAUUGCUGCAAAGAGACAGAAUCAAUGGAUCACUUGUUCCGGUACCGUAGCUUGUUUCUGGUCAAUAUUGGCUGAAAAAUCACAUUUUACGAAAAAUAUCUCUGCAAAUACUGUAGCACCGUUGGGUGACUUGGAAAGCCAUAGUCAAUCAAUCAAUAAAUAAUAUAAUAACACUCUUCCCCUUACACUCUUUGGAAUUGGCCUAUAUGGAUCUAAAUGGGUCUAAAUGGAAAUGUUUCUUACAGAAGGAAUAUGGAAAGCAUAUGCAUAAACAUGGUAUCAAUUUAAAAGUCAACAGUUUGGAGAUUCUGGGAAAAUUAUUAGACUAAAGGUGAGGACGCAACAGUUCACCUGACACAAGACAGAAUCCAAACAUUACACUGAUGAUUUUAUGUGUACUUCACAUUUACUGUACUUUUCACCGUACUUGUUGUAAACAAAAUCUGAAAAUACUCUAGAUACAUUCAGUAACGUGAUAAGAAUAUUCAUAGAGACUUUUGAGUAGGUGCAAAAAAAUGAAAACUGUUUGAGUGAGAGGUCUAACUGGUGUUUCCAAGUGGCCACAUACCUCUCCAAAUUGAGCACAGUUCCUACGUAAUUGAAAUGUAAUUGUAUGACUAAAAGAAGAGUCUUCAACCAUAAGGUGCUUUUUUUUUUUGCUCUCCUAGCUGUGCCGGAACUAGAGCGAGCACUUGUAUUUGUUUGUUUUUUUGGAACACAGCCCUCCACAUACUUUUAAGUUAUGUACCCAGUAGGUCCCUCAGGUCCUCUGGCCUUUUAACUUUCCCAAAGACUAGGACCAAGAGGCAUGGAGAGUGUUUCGUAAUUAUGCCCC